AUGGCUAAUAAGCUUUUGAAAUGUUCAACGUGUAAUAUUGUAAUUAACGAGGUGUUAGCUUUCGUUAGUAAUAAAAUCGAUGUGAUGGACGAAGAUAGUAUCGCUCACAUAUGUGUCAGUGCUUUUUCCGAAAACGAUAUUCUAGAUGCUAAAAACUUGUUGUUUGAGUCUGUGCCGACGACCAAGAAGAAAAAGCAAAGAAAACGUAACGGAAAAACACUUCGCAAUAUAGAUGAUAUCAUCUGUUUGCUUAAGGAAACGGACCCCGAAGAAAUCCCAAUCUUUGUAGCUCAUCAGGGUAAUAUUUUAAAACAAACUCAAGUCCGAGAUAUCCAAGAGGCGGGUAGUCAGCGAGUGCAAAUCUGCGACGGAGCGGCCGCUGUGACUCAUGCGCGGGCAGAGCCGGUCCCCGCUACUGCGCACAGUAUCGAAGCGUGCGAUAAGACAUCUACCAUCGGACCGCGACACACGGUCGGCCAGCCUGACAAAACAUUGGUUGAGGAUCGUAAUGAUGAUCGUCGGAGACCCAUUUUGAGUAAUGAGGAAUGGACUCUGGUUCAAAAGAAAAGAAGGAGAUAUAAGUUUGCAGGCCCAGAAACCGUGAUCAGAAAUCCUUCAAUAAUGGGAACAACAAAGCUCGUUAGUUUUAACUGCAAGUGUGUCAGACGGUCACUGGAAUGUAUACGUCGGCUGUGUAGCACCGCGGACGUUAUUGCGUUGCAAGAGACAUGGUUGCUGCCUGAGGAUAUUGCUUUCCUUGAUACCAUAGAUGAGGCAUUUUCUUUCACCGGAAAGUCAGCUGUAGACAUGUCUGCAGGGAUAUUAAAGGGAAGACCAUACGGGGGUGUCGCCCUGCUCUGGAGAAAAGCAGCUUUUCCGUCGGUUUCGGUUGUGCAGUGUAGAAGUGAUCGUAUAAGUGCGAUAAAAAUAAUGAAUAACAAUCGGUCAAUAUUGAUAUUUUCAGUUUAUAUGCCUACGGAUUCAAAGGAUAAUCUUCCGGAAUUUACAGACUGUUUGGGUGAAAUUUAUUCUAUUAUUGAAAGUUAUAACAUAGAAUCCGCUUAUGUACUUGGUGACUUUAACUGGUCUGAUGUUAUUCGUAAGAUGACUAGGGGAAAGUCUCCGGGUCACGAUGGUCUCAGCAUUGAGCACCUAAAAUAUGCCGGAGUUCAUCUGCCAAGGGUGCUUGCCUUAUUUUUUAACUUUUGUCUUUCACAUAGUUACCUGCCCGAGGAUCUCAUGCGUACACUGGUUGUCCCAAUAGUCAAAAACAAAACUGGCGAUGUUUCAGACCUGUCAAAUUACAGGCCUAUUUCUCUGGCCACCAUUGUGGCUAAAGUACUGGACAGUUUGCUUGAUAAACAGCUGGAGAAAAAUAUUAAAUUACACGAUGCACAGUUCGGCUUUAGGCCGAAGUUAUCAACAGAGAGUGCUAUCCUUUGUCUCAAGCAGACUGUCCACUAUUAUACGGCUAGGAACACGCCAGUGUAUGCAUGUUAUCUAGAUUUCUCAAAGGCGUUCGACCUGGUGAAUUAUGAGGUGCUGUGGGGAAAACUUGAUGGGCUUCCUUCAGAAGUAACCUGUUUGCUUAAAUACUGGUACAGUAAUCAGCAGAAUACUGUAAGAUGGGCAGGCACUUUUUCUGAUGAGUACAGGUUGCAGUGCGGUGUGAGACAGGGCGGACUAAGCUCUCCGCGGCUCUUCAACCUGUACAUUAAUAGUUUGAUUGGGGAACUCACCAGCACCGGUCUCGGUUGCUCCAUAGAUGGCACUUGCAUCAAUAAUAUAAGUUAUGCUGAUGACAUGGUGCUGCUGAGUCCCUCGGUUGGUGCCUUGAGACGCAUGUUGUCUAUUUGUGAGCAAUACGCGUUGACCCAUGGACUCAGAUAUAACGCCAAAAAGAGUGAGUUUAUGGUGUUCAAAGCCGGUUCUAAACAGUACAAAGCUCCAGCUGUCACUCUUUGCGGCACCCCACUUCAUCAAGUGAGCAGUUUUAAGUAUCUGGGUCACUGGAUCACCGAGACCAUGUCAGACGAUGUGGACAUCGAGAGGGAACGGAGGGCGCUGUCCGUUCGCUGCAAUAUGCUUGCUCGUAGAUUCGCACGUUGUACUAGUGACGUGAAAAUAACACUAUUCAAGUCGUAUUGCCAGUCGCUGUACACGUGCGGCCUAUGGGUGAGGUAUGCGCGGAGGGCGUAUGGCGCGCUCCGUGUCCAGUACAACAACGGGUUCAGGGCGAUGUUGGGGUUGCCGCGGUGGUGCAGCGCAUCCGCCAUGUUCGCGGAGGCACACACGCAGGACUUUUUCGCUGUGAUACGCGCGCGCUGCGCCUCGCUACUCAACCGCCUCCGCCGCUCCACCAACACCAUCCUGAUCACGUUGUCUGAGCGCUGGGACUCACCUUUUCUGCAGACAUGGACGAUGUAUCACACACUUCGGAAUAAGAGGUGAGUGGUGCAUCAUCUAUGUCUAUGCUUUCAUUUUUAAUUUUAAU